AUGUAUCCUUCUACACUAAUCAGACUCAAUAGGAAGAACACUGUCUACGUCGAACUAAAGAACAGCACCAAAGUGACUGGAUUCAUGUUGAACUGUGACGUAGCAAUGAACAUGCACAUCAAGAAUGCUGAAAUAGAGGACAGGAGUGGGAAGACAAAGGUGAGUGAGAUGUACUUGAGGGGACAGAGCAUCAAACUGGUUAAGUUGCACACGUGGGUGAUGAGCAAGCAGGAGAUGUUCGUGUGA